UCUCUACCACGCAUGUGUUGUAUUGCUGCAGCGACGUGCAUCAGAUCCGCUUUCACACACUUCAUCUGCAUUCACACAUUUAGCAGUUGUGCCGGAGCCGGUCUUGCAUUUACUUCCAGAUAGCAGCCAGUGUUAUUUCAGUAGAGAAGGAGCUCGCCUCUGAGACGCGAAAGCCAACGCGAUCUGCUAUGUGUCAUAGCGAAGAAAGGCAGUAAAUAAAGGGGACGCGUCCGUCUGCGUGAAGAGAGAGCAAGAUGGUGAUCAUGGCUUCUUCUUUUCAUUGUUCCUCUAAAUGCUUGAAUGCGAUGGCGAUCCCCGCGAUCUCGCUCAAGCUCUGUCUGUGGGCUUUUCUAAUCGCCCAUCUUCCUCUGAGCUCUGUCCAGCUGGAAAGUGAUGAUGAUGAAGUGACAAACAAAACGUGGGUUCUGACCACAGCCCAACUCUGUUUUUCCUCCUAUGAUGAUGAUGAAGUGACAAACAAAACGUGGGUUCUGACCCCCAAAGUGUACGAGAGCGACGUCACACAUAUUUUGAACAGCUUACUAGACGGCUACGAUAACAAGCUGCGGCCAGACAUCGGAGUCAAACCAAUCGUGAUCCACACAGACAUGUUUGUCAACAGUAUUGGUCCAGUAAAUGCCAUCAACAUGGAGUACACGAUUGACAUCUUCUUCGCCCAGACGUGGUAUGACAGGCGGUUGAAGUUCAACAGCACCAUGAAGGUUCUGCGUCUCAACAGCAACAUGGUGGGAAAAAUCUGGAUCCCUGACACGUUUUUCCGCAACUCUAAGAAGGCAGACGCCCACUGGAUCACCACACCUAAUCGCAUGCUUCGGAUAUGGAACGACGGGCGUAUACUGUACACUUUAAGGUUGACCAUUGAUGCAGAGUGCCAGCUUAAACUGAAUAACUUUCCGAUGGAUGAACAUUCAUGUCCCCUGGAGUUCUCAAGCUAUGGCUACCCCAAGGAGGAGAUUGUAUACAAGUGGAAGCGCAGCUCGGUGGAGGUUGGAGACAUCCGCUCUUGGCGUCUUUACCAGUUCUCCUUUGUUGGCCUGAGAAAUACCACAGAGGUUGUCAGGACUGUGUCUGGAGAUUAUGUGGUUCUGACCGUCUUCUUUGACUUAAGCAGAAGAAUGGGUUAUUUCACCAUCCAGACAUAUAUCCCCUGUACCUUGAUCGUUGUUCUGUCCUGGGUUUCAUUUUGGAUCAACAAGGAUGCAGUGCCAGCCAGAACUUCUUUGGGAAUCACGACUGUGCUUACCAUGACCACUUUGAGUACCAUUGCUAGGAAGUCCUUACCCAAAGUGUCGUACGUCACGGCUAUGGACCUCUUCGUAUCAGUGUGCUUCAUCUUUGUUUUCGCCGCUCUGAUUGAGUACGGAACGCUCCACUACUUUGUGAGCAACCGCAAGCCCAGCAAAAACAAAGACAAGAAGAAGAGAAAUCCUCAGGCCCCCACUGUGGACAUUCGCCCGCGCUCAGCCACCGCCAUCCAGAUGAACAACGCCACCCACAUGCAGGAGCGGGACGAGGAAUACGGCUACGAGUGUCUGGAUGGGAAGGACUGCUCCAGCUUCUUCUGCUGCUUUGAGGACUGUCGCUCAGGAGCGUGGCGGCACGGCCGUUUGCACAUCCGUGUCACUAAGAUAGACUCUUACGCCCGCAUUUUCUUUCCCACUGCAUUUGGUCUAUUCAACGUAGUUUACUGGUUUUCCUAUCUCUAUCUUUAAAAUAGUUAGAAAAAAAUAGGCUGGCCUUAUUUUAUGUUACAGAUUCCAGCAAGACCCUUUCUUGGAAACGUGAGCCCACUGAAAACAUUUAAGUUGCAUUGUGUUGUUGUUGUUUUUCCAGUCUACGUA